AUGAAAAUGUUGCAGUUUUGUAGCUCCCUCCAUGGGGGGUAUUUCAGGGAGAAAAGACUGGGGGCCAUCUUAAGGACAGGGUUGAAGUCUUUUAGCACAGAGAGCGACUCCUUUAGCAGCGGCGAAAGGCUGUACAACUUCGGCUUCAAAAAGGUUACAGAAGAGAUAAAAUCAAAGCUGGUUUACAACUUAUUUAGCCAUGUGUCCAACAAGUACGACUUGAUGAAUGAUUUGAUGAGUCUGCGUUUGCAUCGUUGCUGGAAGGAUCAGCUGGUGAAAGAGCUAGAUUUAUUUUUAAAAUAUCAUAGCUACAAGAUGCAAGAAGAAAUUCACAAAAAUGAAGCAAAUUGGAUAAACCAAAAUAGAAAAGAGGAAAGAGCCGCAUCCUGGGAAGGCGCCCCCAACAAUGAGGCAACCCACUUCGGUGACGGAGAAAGUCAAACCGGCAAGGCGCCGAGGUAUGACGGGGUACACACAAGUGAAGCAAUAGACCAAGGGGAGGAAAGCUCUGCCAAUAUUUCUACUUGCAAAAUAUUAGACUUAGCUGGAGGGACAGGAGAUAUAGCCUUUAGAAUAUUAGAACGAUAUAAGUACUAUUUGAAGAGGAUGAACAAGGGUGCAUAUUUCGAUGGUGAACAAGGGAAUCCCGAUUUAUUUUAUUCAAAGUUUACCCCCGAAGUAAUUGUGGCCGAUGUGAAUAGAGACAUGAUCGAAGUAGGAAUGAAACGAGCAAAGGAAAAGAAUUACCAAAGGAAUAUCAAAUGGAUAAUUGAGAACGCAGAGAAUUUAAAUUCCUUUGACGAUAAUUCAGUAGACAUAGUUACCCUCUCGUUUGGCAUUCGAAACUUUACCAACAUUCCGAAAUCGUUAAAAGAGAUUCAUCGUAUUUUAAAACCUGGAGGAAGAUUCUUAUGCUUAGAAUUUUGCAGAGUUAAUUGUUCUAUUUUGAAGCCCCUUUAUAAUGCCUAUUUAAUGAACUUCAUUCCUCUGCUUGGAAAAUUUGUAGCAAGUAGUGAAGAUUCUUACAAGUAUUUGGCCGAAAGUAUUCAAACCUUCUUAACUCCGGAUGAGUUGUCACAACUUAUGCACCAGAACUCUUUUCGAAACAUUUCCUACUCUACCAUGACCAUGGGUAUCGUCGCCAUUCAUUCUGCCUACAAGAUUAACUAA